AUGGAGAGUACAGAUUCGUCCACGGGAUCUCAAUUACCGCAGCUCCCACCAGGGUUCCGAUUCCAUCCCACCGACGAAGAGUUGGUGGUUCACUACCUCAAGAAAAGAGUCGCCUCUGCUCCUCUUCCAGUUGCCAUCAUCGCCGAAGUUGAUCUCUACAAGUUUGAUCCAUGGGAGCUCCCAGGUAAGGCGACGUUUGGGGAGCAAGAAUGGUAUUUUUUUAGCCCGAGGGAUCGGAAGUACCCAAACGGAGCUCGGCCGAACAGGGCGGCGAAUUCUGGGUACUGGAAAGCUACGGGAACCGAUAAGCCGGUGAUGACGUCUGGUGGAACACAGAAAGUUGGUGUGAAGAAAGCUUUGGUUUUCUAUGGAGGGAAGCCACCAAAAGGGGUUAAAACCAACUGGAUCAUGCAUGAAUAUCGACUUGCUGAUAACAAAACAAUCUCCAAACCCCAUGGCUGCGAUCCCACCAAACAAAAAGGAUCCUUAAGAUUAGACGACUGGGUUUUAUGUCGAAUCUACAAAAAGAACAAUAUGCAGAGACCGAUGGAUAGCGAUGGUGGCGAUCAUCAACACAACAUUACCGGGAUGCUAGCGUCUAUACCGCCGUCGAUCUCUCUUGCCGGCACCGGCCACCACGGAACUAUUAUCCGGCCGACAGCAGGUCAUGUAGGGUAUAACACAAUGCUGGAGAAUCAUGAACAUAACCUCAUGUUUGAUACUAGAAUAAACUCGAACGACACCGAUAUCAACACCAACGUUAACACCUCUAAUCUUCUUCCGGUGAAACGAUCCUUGCCGGCACUUUUCUGGAACGAAGACGGCGGCACCAGCGGCGGCAACACAGGUAAUAACUCAUCAUCUACAUACACAAAAAGGUUUCUCACAGAAAGUAAUAGUGAUGUUAGUGUUAUGGCGGCCACAAGAACCACAGAGGAAAACAGUGGUUCCAUAGCCAGUUUACUUAGUCAGCAGGCAAUGUUGGGGUCUCUUGAAGAUGGUGUUUUCCGGCAACCGUAUCAGUUGCCGGCGGGAAUGAAUUGGUACUCGUAG